UUUACAUUUUUCAUUCCAGCGGAACGGAAUCGUGUUGGUUUUCUUCUUAGCUAUUAUCUGGAUUUAUUUAGGAAAUUGAUAGUUUUAGGCCUGAAAUUAAUAAUUCAUAAACGAAGCAAAUAUGGACGAUGAUGCAGAGACUUACAAACUUUGGCGAAUUCGAAAAACUGUGAUGCAGCUAUGCCAUGAUAGAGGCUACUUAGUAACACAAGAUGAAUUGGAUCAAACACUGGAACAAUUCAAGGAACAGUUUGGAGAUAAACCAAGUGAGAAGAGACCAGCCCGCAGUGAUUUGAUAGUGCUAGUAGCUCACAAUGAUGACCCAACAGAUCAAAUGUUUGUCUUCUUCCCUGAUGAAGCUAAAAUAGGAAUUAAAACUAUCAAGACUUAUUGUACAAGAAUGCAAGAAGAAAAUAUUCAUAGAGCUAUAGUUGUAGUACAAGCAGGUAUGACUCCGUCUGCUAAGCAAUCACUGGUAGACAUGGCACCAAAAUACAUUCUGGAGCAGUUCUUGGAAUCAGAGUUGCUCAUCAAUAUCACCGAGCAUGAAUUGGUGCCAGAACACAUAGUACUCACACCUGACGAGAAGCAAGAAUUGCUGGCUAGAUAUAAAUUAAAAGAGAACAUGUUGAUGAGAAUACAGGCUGGGGAUCCUGUGGCAAGAUAUUUUGGACUCAAAAGAGGGCAGGUCGUGAAAAUCAUCAGGUCAUCAGAAACCGCUGGGAGAUACAUUUCUUAUCGUUUAGUUUGUUAAUUAAGAUUAGAUCUAAUAAAAUACAUUUAUAAGAAA